GUGCGACAAAUCAGUGCAUAAAGUGUGUGGUGUUUGCGGACACUCGGCUAUGGGCAAAAACUUUGGCGCCGUUUCCUGUGAGCCCUGUAAAGCAUUCUUUAGGAGAAACGCGUUGAAAGAACAUCUCAUUUGUCAUUUUGACAACAAAUGCAAAUUAGAUGUCAUAACCAGAAAGUUUUGCUCUAAAUGUCGUUUAGAUAAAUGCCUGGCCAUUGGAAUGAGACGGGAAUGGAUACUCAAUGAUGAGGAGCGGGAGCUCAAGAGACUUAAAACAAUGACAAAUAAAAUGCAAAGAAAUAGUUUAAACAAUUUAAUAAAUAAUGAACAAAAUAAUGAACAUGGUCGAAAUACAACACCAUAUUUAUCUCAGGAAACUUCACGCAUUGAAAAUCACAUUUCAAGCGCCAGUACUUCCGACACAGACUUCUUGUGCGAAUUACUCGACGACAAUAACUUCACUAUCGAUGCACUCAAUGAACAUAUUGUGGACAUCGAGACCAGUAUUGAUGUCAACCAAUUCAUCGACAAUAUAGUAAUCAAUGAAUUCGGUGAUCAAACCAUCGCUACCUCAACAGCGGAUGACUCGCUAAACAGUGAUAACAAUUGCAUACAAAACACAUUCACCACAUUUGCCGUAUCCGACAAAGUGUUUGACAAAGUGGUCGAGUUUGAGAUGUCUGUCAUACCGAUUGGGCGACCCAUCGAUACCAGCAAAACUAGUUUUAACCAGAUGGAAAUGAACUUGCUCAUCGAGCUGCUCGAAGCGACCAAGCUCAUGGGCUUACCAUUGCGGGGCACAACCAUCGAGAUCAACAACACCGACGACUAUUACUCCAUUAUGGGCUAUAAGUUUGACCGAGCGAUCAGAACCCUUACCAGAGUUGUCAAAGGGUUGUCCGCAUUCAACACCAUCUGCGAAGAGGACAAGAUUUUGCUCCUAAAGUACAGCUCAAUACAAGUGAUAUUCUUGCGGUCCAUUCUCUACUUCAACGAUACCGCCGAUUGUGUUCGGGUUCAAGUGAUGUAUUCAAUAAUCGUAUUCAAUCCUGAUCAUUGUAACCUAGCCAACAAAAAUGUCAUUAAACUUCAACAACACAUUUACAUGUAUUUACUUCAACGGUAUUUGCAAUGCAAAUAUGGAUCCGAUUGCGAAGCGAAGACACGAUUCCUGCAACUCAUGAAUAUUAUCAUCGAUUUAAAUGUCUUAAGAGAGGUUCACAAGAGGAAUAUCGAAGAGAGUGCGAAGAUAUCGAUUCCACCGCUUCUCGAGGAAGUACUAGACAUCAAACCCGUUCAACAACGACAACAAUACUCACUCACUUUAAUUCGGUUGUCGUCAUUAAAGCUGUUCCGUCGUCAGCAUCGGGUGUUGAGGUCCUUAUCACAGGCUUUACUCCACAGAACCAUUAAAUUAGUCAACAAUUGUGUUGGGAAUCGGUUUCAAAUCAAACACUUCUUGUAG